AUGUACAACACCUCGAGUUAUGUAUCCCAAACUCCUUCAUUAACACUACCCAGGAUAAAAUUUACAGAUUGUUCCGAGCCAGUAGAUCUUGUUUUUGUUCUGGACAGCUCUUGGAGUUUAAUGAGUGAAGAUAACUUUGCAAAGGAGCUACAGUUCGUGACUAGCGUUGCUAAUGCAUUAGCUGAACAGAUGGGCCAGUCCCGACUGUCCGUAAUCACAUUCAGUGACGAUGCCAAGAUGGCCAUACCUCUGACAAUGUACUCGUUAACAUCCGAGUUCACCAAAAAAGUGCUAGAUCUCCCAUGGAUAGGUGGGAAUACGUACACUGAUAAAGCAUUAGAGAUGAUGUAUAAACAAUUCGAUGCGUUCCGUACGCGCGGGAGAAGGAGUGUGGGCGUGGUCAUCACGGAUGGGGGGUCCACGGACCCCUUUAGGACCCUAUCUGUCAUCAAAAAGAUCAAAGAGAAAGGGAUUAACAUGUUUGCAAUCGGCGUUGGAAUGAGCAUUAAUGAAGAAGAAUUAAGAAUGAUAGCAUCAAGUCCAGUGAGUGAGCACAAAUUUAUGGUGGAAAACCUGGAUGGUCUGAAAAUGUUACAGAGAACGCUUGUGACAGGAAUUUGCCCAGGUCCAAUAAAAAAACCGAUUUGCAGAAGUGAGCCGGCCGACAUUUUCUUCCUUGUGGAUGCCUCUUCUAGUCUGCUGAACCAGGAAAACUUCGCAAAGGAGCUUCAGUUUGUGGUUAGGAUCGUCGAUAACAUUAUUGUAGGGGCGAGGCCCGAUGAUUCUCGAGUUGGCGUCAUCACGUUUAGCACUGAUGCCACCCUGGAGUUCGGGUUGUCUCGGCAUACCUCUAACAGAGCUGUGAAAGAUGCCAUUCUAGCCCUCAACUUUACAACUGGGGACACAUUUACCCACAAGGCUAUCGACAUCAUGUAUGAUCAAUUCAAUAAAUUCAUGAGACGCAGUACUCGUGUCAAGAAAAUAGGGUUUGUGAUCACUGAUGGACAGUCCACGGACCCUAACAGUUUAAGAGCAUCCAUUGAUACAGUAAAAGCCCUCGGGAUUGAAAUCUACGCUGUGGGGUGCUGUGAAGUAUCAGGUGCCGGGGACUUUGAUUCUCAAGAACUGGAGAUGAUGGCCUCAGAUCGAUCGAAAGUUGCACAAGUAGACAAUCUGGACAAGCUGAAUGAAAUCACCUUUAAGCUAAAUCUGAAAACUUGUACCUAGAUUUAACAAAGAUAUGACAACCUCUGUGUAACUGUUAACACGCACCAAAAGGAAGACAAACGGAGAUUGUCGCGUUAUAUGUAUACUCAUUUAAAUAUUCCAAUGCUCCAGGUUAUCUCUCUUUGAAGUAGAUAGUACUUUGAUAUUGCGUUGUUUAGAGAUAUUCUCCUGCAAAAUUAGAGAAAUAUAACAAUCGAGAUUUAUUUAGAUGUACGCAAAAGAGUUGUAUACGAUAUUUGUUAUCAUAUAGCAAAAAAAACUAUUGAUUUUGGUCGUCAAUUAAAGUUGUUUAUUGAUACUAUUUAAAGAGUUCGUGGAAAUAUUUUACUUGAAAAACGUUUACAAAAUUUUCGGCUGUAUUCUGAAACGUUAUUUUAUAUUAAUAAUGUGGAGAUAACCAUCACCAGUUGCGUAAACGAGAAUAAGGACAGAUAGAUUACCAGUUUUGAUAAUUAUUAAUUUUAUAUAAUAGUAUUUUAGUCAUUAAUAUUUGCAAAACUUGCUGUGUCUUUACGUGUUUGUGUGUUUUAGUGUAAUCCAAACACUGUUUUAUUAUUCGUGUAAUUUGUAAAAUAUUCCAAUAAAUAAUUAUAAUAUUUUUU